GACCAGAUCGACCUACCCGGUGGCCCGACGCAGCGCUUCGCUUACACUCGGCGCGAGCCGCUCGGUGUUGUUGCUUGCAUUGGAGCAUGGAACUAUCCAUUCCAAACCUGUGUAUGGAAGGUUGCACCUGCUCUCGCCGCUGGCAAUGCGGUCAUAUAUAAACCGUCACCAUUCGCUCCAGCUUCGCCUGUGCUCCUUGGAGAGAUUCUUACCGCCGCAGGAGUACCCAAGGGAGUUUACGGAGUCGUACAGGGAGAAGCAGAAACGGGUAACUUCCUCUGCAUUCAUCCUUUGGUCAGAAAACUCUCUUUCACCGGUUCCGUCGCCGGCGGUAUGGCGCUGCAACGACAAGCAGCAACUGAAAACGUCAAGCCGGUCACAUUGGAACUCGGAGGAAAAUCAGAGCUGAUCAUAUUUGACGACUCCGAAGUAAAAAGCGCAGUCGCGGCGGCAAUGCUUGCAAAUUUCCUCAAUCAAGGUCAAGUCUGCACAAACGCCACACGAGUUUAUGUCCAACGAGGCAUCCUGGAAGAGUUUACUGCAGAGCUUCUCAAGGAAUGCGACGAGAAGCUAAAGAUUGGUGAUCCGCUUCUUGACGAUACAAGGGUUGGCGCAAACAUUAACGAAGCUCACUUGAACAAGAUUCUCGGAUUCAUCGAAAGUGCCAAGAAAGAUGUAUGUGAAAUCCAUUUAUUUCGU